GUGGCGACGACGUUCUUCACGUGCAUCCGCCCGGGUGCUUUGCGGAAGCUGACAGUGCAGCAGCUGCUGGCGCCCUCGCGCGAGGUCGGGCAGCCUCAGUUACGGUGCCUGGUCCUUGCGCCAACUCAGCUGGGCCCGAGGGCGCCAGGCGACCCGCGGGGUGCUCGCAGGGAGCUCACCAAGACGGGGGCUUCCGACGAGACGGUGAUCCUCGACCACUUGGCCUGGCUGGGCGAGUGCCUGGCCGCCCACGUCUGCGGCGAGGCUCCGACCGACUUGCUCUUCCCGGCCCGCGGGGCGAUCGUGGCGGCGCAGUUCGGGGAGGCGGCAAGGCAGUGCGGGCUCUCCCGGGUCUGCCUCUGCCAGCUGCGGCGCGGCGGGGCGUCGGGCGACAUUCUGUCGGGCAGGAGGGGUCGCAAGACCGUGAGAGCCAGGGGCCAGUGGAGGAAGGACUCGUCGUUGAACAGCUUGACUGCUGUCUCGAGAGAGUUCGGGACGCACGUGUUCGAGGUGAUGGGGUCGCUGUUUUUAGUCAGUGUGGCGGCCCGGGCAAUCCCAAAGUGA